AUGCAUUACCUUCAGCAAAUCGGUGCCCAGCAGCUGGAAGAUCUAAAGCAGGUCUACUCCCGGGAAUGGCCAAAAUACUGCAAGGAGUAUUAUUGCCUGGACACUUUCGUGGAUCUCCACAGAAAGAUUCCUCAGCAGGAAGAUGUCAAGGUCUACGCUCUUACCGAUCUAGAACUCGGAUUAUUUGUGAUUGUGGAUCGUUGUCAGAUUUUCGUGGGUUACUUGGAAAGUGAAAGAUCCGAAAGCCUUCUGGAAAAGGCGCUUCUUCAAUUGGACUUACUUGGGGGCGAACAAUUUUCCUCCAUGCCAAAGAGAUAUUUCAAAGUGGCCAACGAUGUACUUCAAGCUAAAAAUCUAAAGACAGAGAUUGAUUCCAAAACCUAUUCACUGGUUUUGGCCAAAGAAGAUGCUCGCAAGUUUCAAGUGGAACCACCAGAGGGAUUUUCUCUAAAGUCGCUCAGUGUGGAUGAUGCCCCAUUUAUUGAUUCGCAAUGGGAUUGGUCUGACCAGGGUACUCUAUAUUUCCUCCAACGCCACAUUUUCUGCAACACCAGUGUGGGACUGUUCAACGACGAAGAUAACGAACUGGUGGCCUGGUGCGUUAGAGCUCAAGAUGGUUUACUGGCAGCUCUGCAGGUGAAACCCUCUUACAAGAGGAGAGGAUUUGGGGCUCUGGUAGUGAAGGAAUUUUCCAGACGCGAGGCGCUUCAGGGAAGAGAUAUCAUCACCGAAGUUACCCUUGAAAACAAGGCAUCUUUUGGUCUCUUCACCAAGUUGGGCUUUAAGGUCAACGAUCAGUGCCAUUGGCUAUUUACGGAGGACCCAAGUAGAGUUAUAAAAUACAAUAGUUCCUGUACCUGAUCAUCAUGUAAAUAAAUAAAAGUAGUUUGGGAUAUCUUAA